UGAGUUCUCAUUGGUUAAGACCAAUGUCUAUUAGCCUCCUCGAGCGCAUGGCCUAAGCUGGAAGAAGGAAGCCACGUUGACACAAAAGUAAAAGAUUUUUGUCUCAAUCCGGGGCCCGCAGGCACACUUUCUCACAGUCACGACUCAAGGACUUCACCAGGAUUAUCUAAGGACAGGACAAAGACCUCACUUCUCAGGAUGAGCGUUGGAUUCAUUGGAGCGGGCCAGCUGGCUCAUGCACUUGUAAAAGGCUUCACUGCUGCAGGUGUCAUUGCCACUCACAGGAUUACAGCAAGCUCCCCAGACACAGACUUGCCCACUGUGUCAGGACUCAGGAAAAUGGGAGUUAACCUGACGACUAGUAACAAAGAGACUGUCAGUAAGAGUGAUGUGCUGUUUCUGGCUGUGAAGCCUCACAUCAUUCCUUUUGUUUUGGAUGAGAUUGGACCAGACAUCGAGGAUCGCCAUCUUAUUGUUUCCUGUGCUGCAGGUGUAACCAUCAGCUCCAUAGAGAAGAAACUGCUUCAGUAUCGUCCAACCCCCAAAGUUAUGAGGUGCAUGACCAAUACGCCAGUGGUAGUGAGAGAGGGAGCUACAGUGUAUGCCACUGGGACACAUGCGGAGGUAGAAGAUGGCAAACUACUGGAGCAGCUCAUGGCUAGUGUUGGGUUCUGCACAGAGGUGGAGGAGGAUCUCAUUGAUGCUGUGACUGGUCUAAGUGGAAGUGGACCUGCAUAUGCAUUCACUGCCCUGGACGCUCUAGCUGACGGAGGUGUAAAAAUGGGUCUACCCAGGAGGCUGGCUGUCAGGCUCGGCGCUCAAGCUUUACUGGGGGCUGCUAAGAUGCUUCUAGACUCUGAGCAACAUCCUGGCCAGCUGAAGGACAAUGUGUGCUCCCCUGGAGGAGCCACCAUCCACGCCCUGCACGUCAUGGAGAGUGGGGGCUUCCGCAGUCUUUUGAUCAAUGCAGUGGAGGCUUCAUGCAUCAGAACACGUGAGCUGCAGUUUCUCGCAGAUCAAGAGCGCAUUUCUCCAGCAGCUAUAAAGAAGACUACACUGGACAAGGUGCUCCAACAGCCUGGAGUCGCCGUUAGUGGAGUGGCCAAUGGCAGUGGCAGAUCUGGGAUCAAUUUAUUCAACAAUCGUAGCUCAGGCAUCAAGAAGAAGAACUGAUCCCAAAGAAGCGAACACACAAGCAUAUAUGUGCCCAAUACAUUUUGGACAUAUCUUAAAUAUUCAAACAUUGAAAUGCACUCAGGACUUAAACAUCCAAAUGGUUUUGAUGCAUUAUUUAUUCAUGUACAAGUGAAAUUGGAUCAGUUGGUCCUGCCAUCACAUUUUCUCUCAAACACAGGUGCAGUGUGUAGUUAAAGCAGUUAUGGCCUUAUGCUUGGACUGAUAUUAUGGCCAACAUGUGUGCGAGAUGCAUUUACGAGCUGUCUUCAGUCUGGAUAUGGGUUCAGGUAAUCAAGCUCUGUUUAGCUGUAAUUACUAUUUCAGCCAUUGUCGGAUUUUGAUCACACCACAGCAGAUGGUUACUGGAAGACUGCCAAGCUGUUUGAGUCUUUACCAUUAUCCAUUAUCAAUUAUGAAGUCUAAACUAGUUUUUUGAAAAAGACUUUGUUAGAAUCAAAAACGUUAUUUUAGUGAAGACUGAAAGAACAACAGAACAAAAUUAUGGAUUAGUCAUGCCUCCCAGCACGUUGAACAUGCCUUAUUUUAGUGUUGAUAUGUAUAGCUGUACAGUUUAUCAUUUCUGAUAUUACCUUCCCUUUUGUAAAAUAUGCAUACUUGAACUGCAAAACUUUAUUCUGGGACACCUUUUUUGCACAAAACAACUGGUAAACUAUCAUGCUUUAUUCUUAUGUAGGAAGGGUAUAGAUCUAUGCGCAUUUCCGUCCUUUUGUUUGCUUUUUUUAUGUAUGUGUACUGUCUUUUAUGUCUGUGGCACAACAGCAACUUGGUUGGUGUGUAUAUAUAUAUAUAAAUAAAAAUAUAAAAAAGACUAAA